UCGAGUGCCGAUAAAAAAGCAUGUCACAGAACGCGCCGUUCUGACGUCUAAAUUCUGCACUUAUAUACUUUAAGUAUCAUCUCUCUCUUAUCGGAAAGUCAGUGUUCUGCAGCCAAAUCCUGCUAUCUACACCGUGUGUGUCUGAUUAUCACCGUCACACCGCCACAGAGGGAGAGAGACAAAAUAACCGAGGCAGUAGCUCCCCAAGUGCAGCGCCGAGCGCCCGCUGACAUGACUGCACAGGUAAGAACAGCUGAUCUGCUGCAGUCCUCGUCCUGAUCAAGAAGUGUCGUCGUCCUCGUCGUCGGUUUUCAUGCGGCUGCAGCGGCGCACGAGUACACAGCUCGUCGCCGAACGGAAGUUCCUGAUAAGCCAAGAGAGCCGGACUGCCCCGUUUCUUACUGAAUACACCUGCAGAGGAGAUAGACAAGUCGUCGCCGAUUGACCAUGGCAGCGUCCAACGCGAGUGCCUACAACUUCAAGGUCGUACUCCUGGGUGAGGGCUGCGUUGGGAAGACCUCGGUUGUGCUCAGAUACGUGGAGGACAAGUUCAACGAUAAGCACAUAUCUACGCUUCAGGCCUCUUUCUUUAAGAAAAAAUUGAAUAUCAACGGAAAAAGAGUAAACUUGGCAAUUUGGGAUACAGCGGGUCAGGAGAAGUUUCAUGCACUUGGGCCUAUAUAUUAUAGAAUGUCCAAUGGAGCCAUAUUAGUUUAUGAUAUUACAGAUGAAGAAACAUUUAAAAAGGUAAAAAACUGGGUGAAAGAGUUGAAGAAAAUGUUGGGUAGUGAUAUUUGUUUGGCCAUAGCAGGAAAUAAAGUAGACUUAGAGAAAGAAAGAAAUGUCACCAUUGAAGAGGCUGAAGAGUACGCAAAACAAGUUGGCGCAGUGCAUUUCCAUACAUCGGCCAAGCAGAACCUCAACGUUGAAGAAAUGUUUCUCGACUUAACGCGACGCAUGAUGCAGCACGCAGACCAGCAGGAGCAAAAGUCUACGUUGACGAGAAAUAACAGCACCCGACGAAAUGUCGUUGUCGUCGAGGACGAAUCUGCCGAACAGAACCAGCCAACUAAAAGUUCGUGCUGUGGUGGCGGUGGUUCGUCACACAGCUCGUAAUGAUUUACUAAGCUUAGUCGUUGAAAAAACCAAGCUUUAUCGAGGUUGUGACGCUACGUGUACAUAGUACUCUUGAGAUGAUGUGCCAGUGUUGUUUUUUGAUAUUUGUUGAGAUUUAAUUAAUAUAAUAGAAGAGAAUAGUUGACGAGUUCAUUUAUAAUGCAAGUAAAUCUUUGUAAUAAAAUAUCACGUUGAAAAAGAUUAUUUACUUUCUAUCGCAUCAAAUUUGAAAGUAAAGUCUUCUGUUAGUAUUAAUUAAAAUCGAUCAAUCAAAUUUAAAUUUUCAAUGAAACUGUUAUAAUCUUGAUUUUUUCCCGCAAAUUUAAUGUUCAGAUAAGUAAUGUCCUUUACUUAACUAAGAUGCAAAAACAAUAUCAAGCAAUUUUUCUUUACUUAAUCAUUAUUUUAAUUAGUUUCAUUCUUUACAAACUCUGUACUUGUAUAUGGCGUUGCAACCUUCUAAAUAACAUGGGAUUUUUGUUGAAAUUCGCGCUGGGAAUUUUAAACAUCCUGUGUUCGAAUGUAUAUAAUUUUCAGUCAUUUCUGCGAAAAAUACAUGGCAUACUACUUGAGAUUAUUAGUGUGAACUAAAAACACUUUCUCAAAGGAAUGCCAAAAGAGUUUACAAUAAUAUGUAGUUAAAAAAUAACAAGAAUGAGACACCUAAGAAAAUAACGUGCAAGUACCUAGAUUAUAUUCUCGAUUGUUAUUAUUGUACUGUAAUGGGUAAAAACAAUGUGAUUGAUUCUUAUUCAAGCGUGUUUAGCAUUGACUCUCAGUAAAGCUAACUAAAAAGAGAAAGCUGAGAGAUGUUAUUUUCUAUUUCUACAAAUCUGUUUUUACACGAGUGGUCAUUGCGUCUAAGGGAAAAAAAUAUCGACACGAUUUAGUAUCAUUAUAUUAUACACCUACCAAGUAUUUUACUAAAACUUAACAAAUAUAAAUUCGGUGAGUUUCUGAAUAUAAUUAAUUGUAUGGAUUAUGGUUAUGAUUCAUAUUUUCACAAACCUAGUACAAAUCGUGUGUAAUUUUUUUCCUGUGCAUAGCUGUUUAGUGAUCUAGCAAAGAUUUUUUUUCACUAUCAGACUGAUGAUGCAAGCAUCAAUAGGAUUUUUUAUACAAAAAUGAGAACACUACCUAUGUACUAUACUGGGACAUUAUGGAAUUGCAAGGGUGAUAAUAAUUUCAGUAUUUUUUAAUGAAUAAAUACGACCUGCGCCAUCUUUGCUACUUUUUAUAAGACCUUGAUCACAAAACUCUGUCAUUUUUAGAAUUUAAAAGCGUUUACCGUUUUCCUUAAAAAGUUUUUUCAUUAAUCGUGUUUUCGCUCGUGCAAUCACGUCACGAUAAAAAAUUAAUAUUAACUUGUAUAUAACAAAUAUAUAACAACUGGCAUUAUGAAUGUACAAAAUGCUAAGCUGUGUAAGAGAUAGAAACUUAAUUCAGCGUUGAAUACUUUUCGUUAUAAUUUUAUUACUUAUAAUUAAAAUACACAGGGCAAAUUGUUCCUUUUUCAUCAUUAAGAUAUAACAAUGUGUAGAUUGAUUUAACAAAAUUCAACGAAAUUAAGAGCAAAAAUAAUUUUAUCAUACGAAAAUUCGUUUUAAUGUGAUGAAAAGUAUCCAUCUCUGACAUAAUAUAAUUAGGCUGUUAACUAUGUGGCAAAUAAAAGAUAAAAUCGAAAUAAGUGUAAAAAAUGCGCUGUUCUAUAAAUAAUUGAGAACGGUCAACUAUUGUUCUCGAUAGCUACGUAUAUUUCGUUUUUGAGGCUCUUAUAACAUCGCAUCGAAUUAUGUGUUUGUGAUAAUUUUCGCGAAUAGAAGCUCGUCACUGAAAGGUAAAUAAGCAUAUCGAAUUGACUCUUCCAGCUGCAAUAUCCUAUGAACAAAUUAAAAGCUUUUACUUUUAA